CAAAAAUUGUCAGUAGUAAGAGCUAAGCGUAAGAAUGGGCAAGGAAUUGUUUGAAAUCGCGGCUAAGGGAGAUGUUGACAGACUUCGGGAGCUUUUUGAUGACCCGGAGAGUGUAUACGCUACAGAUCCGGCGCAGGCUUUAAAUAAAAGAGAUAAAGAUGGCAAAUCAGCAUUGGACAUUGCAGCUAUGUUAGGACGCAAAGAACUCGUUCGAGAACUUGUGGAACGCGGAGCAGAAAUCAAUAGUCAGACCAAGAAAGGUUAUACAGCCUUGCACAGAGCAGCAUCUUGGGGACACCCUGAGUGUCUGAGAGUUCUGGUUGCAAAUGGAGCUGAUCUACAGUUACGAAAUGCUCAUGGUGAAAGGGCCAGAGAAGCUGCUGCCCGUUAUCAGAAAGACUCUUGCGUAGACUAUCUAGAUAGAGCAGAAGCUCAAAAAGCCCUCUUAUCUGUUAUAACUGCAACCAAGGAUACAAUAUCUGAUCCAGAGAAGCACAUGGGUCGAUUCACACGUGAGGACAAGCUGAGUGGUAACCGUUUCUGUGAUGAGAAGAAUGACUGGUUAGAAUCCCACAAAGAACAUGCGACAGUUGAAGAGAUCUACAAACAGAAACAAGAAUUAGAGGAGCUUUUAAAACCCAUGUUAAGCAAACUGGAAGAAACAGGUUUGAAUGUGGUCAAGCCAACUCAGUCACGACGUGCUUAGCUUUUGCCCAGUUCCUCUACCUAGCUGGGUUUCUGGCCAGUGAGAUGAAGAUUUUUUUGCCAAAGAUGUCAAGAAUGUAAAAAAAUGAGGCCAUACUUUCAGCUAAGUAUACCUUAUACUAAUGGUCUUGAGUGCUCAUAAGUCCCCUCGGUUUUUAAAAUCAGGCACUACUAUUUGCUCUCUAAGUAAGAGAGUUGUAUUUUUUAAUCAGCUAAGUCUUAGUGCAUAUCAUAGACAUCAGCCACGUUAUCACGGUAUUAGUCAAGUUUUUUGUCUUACAAAGGACAUAACAUUUUUAUGCGUUGUGAAUGAGUUGCCAGUAAUGAGUUAAGGCGAGAACGAGGUGUGUGCGAGGUGGGCGUGAGGGGCCUCACGCGUGAGGGCCUUACGCGCAAGAGGAAUAGUUCUUUCCCUCGCGCAUGCUUCUUUCCUCGCACUCUCCUCGAUUUUCACCUUUAAUUUCCGGAAAAAAGCAAAACAAACCUUCUGCUAGUUCUACUACCAAAAAAGUUGGUCACAUAACGCGCAUUUAAAUUUCCUGGCAAUUAUUGCGUGAUAUUCUUAAAUAAGAUUGGAAACAAUAAUACAAUCACACCAUCGGCCGUUUUCUUCAGAGUAAGGGAUUAUAACUUGAUCACCAAAUAAAUUUGAGAAAUUCACAUCUAAGGCAAGGGCUACUGUUACACUUGUGUUACCCUUGCUUAUGUGGUUGUACAAGAUCAUGUAGGAAGAUUGCUUUAGUUAAUUUCUCUGAUUGAGCCAAACUUUUUGGAUUCAUAAGGUUAAAGCUGUAACGGAGGUUUGGAUAUCUGUGUUAUUUAACAAAUAAGACAACAAGCUGUCCUGUAACUCCAAACUUAGAAGGGCCUUUUAAUGUCUUACAGAAGGAAAGUGUCAUAUAAUACAGGAAAGUGCAAUUUUUGUAAAAAAUAUAUAUAUAUCUAUGUAAGAUAAAUAUGUUCUGUCUGAUGCAUAACAAUGAUGCAAUAAAUGUAAUG